CUGCCGCUCGACGAUCACUUCCGUGUUGGCGAGUCCCGACGUCACGCGGAAUGUGAAGCAGGAAACACGGAUGUGUUGCGCUUAAUCUGCAUCUACAGACGUGCUCCGAUCCAUAUGUUAAACCCAAACCCCCUUUCAAGCUGAUCUAAUCCAAACGCAGUGCCUCGGACGCGGACGGAAUCGAGUGGAGGAAUGCCUACCGGUGUGUGUGGAUGUUGUGGUCCUCUGCGGCCACGCUACAAGCGUCUAGUGGACAACAUUUUCCCAGAGGACCCCAAGGAUGGACUGGUGAAAUCUGAUAUGGAAAAGCUGACUUUUUAUGCAGUGUCAGCACCAGAGAAGCUGGACCGCAUCGGUGCGUACCUGGCCGAACGCCUCAGCAGAGAUGUGGUACGUCAUCGCUACGGGUACGUGGUAAUCGCGAUGGAAGCGUUGGAUCAGUUGUUGAUGGCGUGUCAUUCCCAGAGUAUCAAGCCAUUUGUGGAGAGCUUCUUACACAUGGUGGCCAAACUGCUGGAAUCCGGAGAACCCGAUUUACAAGUGCUGGGAACCAACUCCUUUGUGAAGUUUGCAAACAUUGAGGAGGAUACGCCAUCUUACCAUCGCAGAUAUGACUUUUUCGUGUCUCAGUUCAGUGCCAUGUGUCACUCCACACACGAUGACCCCGAAACUCGCGACAGGAUCCGUGUAGCAGGCAUUAAGGGUCUCCAGGGUGUCGUCAGAAAGACUGUGAAUGAUGAACUUCAGGCAAUCAUCUGGGAACCUCAACACAUGGAUAAACUCAUCCCCUCCAUGCUCUUCAACAUGCAAGAUAACGAGGACUCUGAGAGGUCUGGAGAGGAAAAUCCGGCUUCACUGGCAGAGAGUUGCUUUCGAGAGUUGCUGGGUCGCGCUGCUUACGGCAACAUGAACAACGCUGUGCACCCCGUACUGGUGCAUUUAGACAACCAUCAUUUAUGGGACCCAAAUGAUUUUGCUGUUUCCUGUUUCAGGAUAAUCAUGUACUCAAUACAGGCCCAGCAUUCUCACCAUGUGAUCCAGCAAGUGUUGUCUCACCUUGACACCCACAGUAAGAACACCCCACGUGUGAGGGCAGGUAUCGUUCAGGUGCUGCUGGAGACGGUUGCCAUCGCAGCCAAGGGCUCCAUCGGUCAUAUUGCACACAAUCAAAACAAUGUUUACACGUUUCUCAGUCCUGUCUCUUUACCACCCAAUCUGUGGUUGGGUCCCACAGUCCUGGAGGUGUUUAACACCCUGCUAAAGCAUCUGCGUAUGAGCGUGGAUUUUGAGCUGGGCGACGGUUCCCGCAGGAACUCUGCGAGCAGCCAUUCCUCCACCCGCACCAAAGAGAGCGAGGAGCGGAUCGUCCAGAACGCCAUCAUCCAAACCAUCGGUUUCUUUGGAGGAAAUCUUCCUGACUAUCAGAGAGCUGAAGUGAUGAUGUUCAUUAUGGGGAAGGUUCCUGUUUACGGCACGCCAUGUCACACGCUGGAUACAGUCAAGAUCGGGCAUCAGGGCACUAAGAGGAUCCAGGCAAUGCUGUUAAGUUCUCUCAUUAUGGUUACGUCAGGGUUUAAGUGUAAAACGAUGUGUGCUGGCCUGCCCGUGUCGUUUCUGGAGCCGUUAUGCUCCAUCUCUUUAAUGGAAGACAGUGAACUCCGGCAGCUCGUCUUGGAAAUUCUGCACAACAUCAUUGAUCGGCAUGACAACAGAGCCAAACUCAGAGGGAUCCGGAUUAUUCCUAAUGUAGCCGCUCUGAAGAUCAAGAGAGAAAAAAUCUCCAAACAGGAUGUGGUCUUCAUGAAAAAGCACGGGCAGCAGCUAUACAGACACAUCUAUUUGGGCUGUAAGGAGGAAGAUAAUGUGCAGAAGAAUUUUGAGCUGCUUUUCACAGCUCUGGCAUUGAUCACUAUUGAACUGGCCAAUGAGGAGGUGGUGAUUGAUCUCAUGCGCCUGUCCAUUGCCCUGCAGGAUAUGGCACUGGCCAAUGAGGAGAACAUGCCAAUGUUUAUUCGCUGUGGAAUCAUGGCACUGGUCGCCGCAUACCUCAACUUCCUCAGUCAGAUGAUUGCAAAUCCCCCUUUCUGCCAACACGUCAGCAAGGUGAUUGAGAUGAGAAAUCUAGAUGCUCCGCACCUUCUGCCAGAACAUGUCUUCAGAGAGAAGUGUGUGUUCCCAGACUCUUUAGACCGGGACGACGUUGGUUUGUAUUUUCAGACGGCUGAUCUGGCAGAAGCUCUGUCUGUACCUGGAUAUAACGUAGAGAGACUGGCCAUACCAUACAUACCGCAGGUUACAGAUGAAGAUCGACUGUCCCGUAGGAAGAGUUUUGUCGACACUAUUUCUCUCCAAGUUGACAUCCUUUCCAACAGCUUGCCUGAUCAGUCUCAGCUUGCAGAGGAGAUCACAUUUGAGACCCUGAAGAAGGCCAUCGAUACCACAGGUCUGGAGGAACAGGAGAGGGAGAGGAGACGGCAGGUGAUGGAGAAGUUCCAGAAGGCUCCGUUUGAAGAGAUUGCCGCCCACUGCGAGUCCAAGGCCAAUAUGCUGCACGAUCGCUUGGCUCAGAUAUUUGAACUCACCAUACGCCCUCCCCCGAGCCCAUCGGGCACUGUGACGGUGACGUCAGGCCACGCCCAGUACCAGUCUGUGCCAGUCUACGAAAUGAAGUUCCCUGACCUCUGCGUGUACUGAACCAUGACCUUUCACCUUAACUGUAUCACACAGACUCAACCUUGACAUGUGACCACUGACCUUAAUCACACUUUGUUUGGUCCUAUGACCUUAAACUCAUCUGAGCCACUCAUCUUCAUUAGACACCUUUCACUAUGAACGUCGCUUACAUUCAUGUCCAGCAAAAAGACUGGACAGGCAGCUCAUGCCUCCAUUCUGCACCAGCCAGCACGCAGAGCUUUACAACCAGCUGUCCAAUCAUACACCAGCUCUAUAGAAUCAUGUGAAUCAUAUAUGUGUGGUUUUCAGUUUGAUUCUUGCACUAAACGGCAGCUCCACGAAUCAAACAGAGUCUUUUAAACACUUGAUUCUUCAGCCUUUUAAUCUAUUGCUUCAUAGGAGUCAUUUAGAAAAUGACUGGCUCUGAAUUUAUUAAGGGAACUUAAUUGCUAGUAUUAGCUUAAGUGCUAGUUUAUAUUCAUUAACUCUCAUUUCUAAGCCAUCAUCAGCAGAGAAAUUUGAACAUAGAAUAGAUUUCGGCUCACUUAAAUCUCGCCUAUAUAAAUUAUUAUAGUGUAUAGUAUCGCAAAGUAUAGUAUAGCCUAUUUUUGACAAA